CAGGGCGCGCUCGGGUGUGUUGGGGAUGGGGGUGCGGGCAGGUACAUGCAUUGCACAAACAUGUUCAUAGGAAACUCAGUCUGUCAGUCCAAACAUACCGAUCUACAAAUUACUUGACUGUCAUCUAUAGCGCAGCACAACAAAUCACAUCAGCAUCAUGUGAGACACAGAUGGGGAUAGAGAAGCGAGGUGCAGCAGAGACGAUUCCAGUUAAAUUAGAUUAUUGGAUUGCCUGCAACAGAUUAAAGCACGUCUUUUUUUCCACGACGUUUGGUUGACAUAAUCUAGGAAACCCUACUACCUUUCGACGUUUCUCAUCUCGAAAAUUAAUAUUCAGGUGUCCGCCAUGCUGACAAGUAUCAUGGACGGGAUCCUCUGCUGCCUCGCUGGCAAGUCCGCCAACGUGGUUGUGCCCAUCGAGACGUGCGAGCCGGCCGACGGCUUCGAGUUCGUGGAGGUGAAGCCUGGGAGGGUGCUGCGGGUGCGACACAUCGUCCCUGAGCGAUCGGUGGUGACGGAGCGCGCCAGUGGCCAAGGAGGCAGUGUGCACUGCAAACGUAAGAUCACGGUGUAUCGCAAUGGGCAGCUGAUCAUCGAGAACCUCGGCGAUGUGGUUCGCUCCGAGCUGCUGCACUGUCAGAACGGCGACCCGGAGCACAGCAGCACGCUGGAGGUGGAGCUCUCCAACUACAACAGCGCUGCUACCUCUACGGGGACCCCCGAUCCCCAACCGGCUUCACUGCCGGGACAACCGCCUGUGCCCCGCCGUCGUCACCGCAAGCCCAAGCGCACAGUGCUCAUCGAUUGUGAGCGCAAAAUAUCGAGCUGUAAGGGCACCCACUCAGACGUGGCGCUCUUUUUCAUGCACGGUGUGGGUGGCUCACUGGACAUCUGGGGAAGUCAGCUGGAUUUUUUCUCACGUUUGGGCUAUGAGGUCAUCGCCCCUGAUCUGGCCGGGCAUGGUGGCAGCUCUGCCCCGCAGAUAGCUGCUGCCUACACUUUUUAUGCUCUGGCGGAAGAUAUGCGAGCCAUCUUCAAGCGAUACGCCAGACGGCGGAACGUUCUCAUCGGACAUUCCUACGGGGUGUCGUUCUGCACCUUCCUGGCCCAUGAGUACCCAGAGCAGGUGCAUAAGGUGGUGAUGAUCAACGGAGGGGGGCCCACAGCCCUGGAGCCCAGCCUCUGCUCCAUCUUCAACCUGCCCGCCUGUGUGCUACACUGCCUGACACCCUGUCUGGCCUGGAGCUUCCUCAAAGCUGGGUUUGCCCGGCAAGGAGCCAAGGAGAAGCAGCUUCUGAAGGAGGGCAAUGCCUUCAACGUGUCGUCCUUCGUCCUGAGGGCCAUGAUGAGCGGACAGUACUGGCCGGAAGGGGACGAGGUGUACCAUGCGGAGAUCGCCGUGCCCGUCCUGCUGGUGCAUGGCAUGCACGACAAGUUUGUGCCAGUUGAGGAAGACCAGCACAUGGCAGAGAUUCUGCUCCUAGCCUUCCUGAAGGUCAUCGAUGAAGGCAGCCACAUGGUGAUGAUGGAGUGUCCAGAAACAGUCAACACUCUUCUUCAUGAAUUCUUCCUCUGGGAGCCUGAUAAUUCAUCCAAACCCAAACAAGAAACCAUCGAGUCCACUACACACAAGAUUCAUCCAGCCAAUGGGGAAGCUCAGCUGGCGGCAGAUAAUGAGCCCUGAAGCACGCAAGCGGGUUUGGCUCACUCUUUCCAGAAUGACGCGGACCGGUCCGAUGGCUUGGCCCAUGCUUGCCUGCGUUGGGCAUUCCUGCUCACUGGCUAAAAGGUGGUUUUAAUGGCUCCAGAGCAUGAGGAAGACAUGCAGGGAUGAUGCAAGCAGCUCCAGGUUUGAGCUGGAUGCAACAGUCAGACAUUCCACAGCAGAAGAAAAGACGCAAACGAAGACUAUGGGAAGGGAAGUAGGAGCGACAGCAAGCGAGGGAGUAGGGAGGGAGUUUACUGUUAAGCAGCAGUGACCCUCAGACAUCUUUGUGGCUCUGCCAUUGUGUUUGAAACCCAAAAGAGGGGUCUCAUGCACUGGGAGGAGUUCAACACGCACUUAGAGAUUCCAGCUGGUAAGUACAGUAGUGGUGAGCCAAAGAGGGCUCCAUCUCAGAGAUUCACUGUGGCAGAGGUAAAUCUCUGCUUUUGGCUGUUACUGUUAAUUAGUGAUGAUGUACGCUGUCGUGUCUGAAUGGCUAGUCGCAAUCAUGAAAGGAACUAUAAAAUAUAUGAUAUAUCAAUUUAAUUUUAAAUUGCUGGGUUACGAAGCUGAAAAUUGCCCAUAUAAACACAUCAGGGCUUAAUCCGAAUGUCUGGUUCUCGCCACUGUAUAGCAUUUUUUGAAAAUGUGACUUCAUUCUGCUUAGUUAUUGGUUUUGCAUAAUUUACAAAAUAUACAUAUAAUUCCACCUUCUGUUUCUAUAAUUAAAAUGGAACUCCAGGGACUGUGCACUGAUGUACACUGAGGUUCAUCUUCAUCUUUUCUAACUCUCUGCAUCAUUGAGGAGUCAAGCAGUACCUGGGCUAGUACUGUGGGCUUAAAUCUCUCUUAAAUCUGACAAUAGGUGGAAAAGUACAUGCAAUGUGCGUAGUACUACGCUGAUUAUGGCUGAAGACCUCAGUGACUGUGGUUUGGGAUUGAAUUAUGUUAUCGGCACCUUAAGAAAGUGAUAAAGCUGAACAAAACGCUGAAUGAAAUAUAUUACAUAACAAUGUACUGUAUGUUUUCAAGAUUUUAAUUGAUAGUCGGUCAUAUCAAUGCAGGCCUUACCUGCAAACAAAUCUACAGCAAGAUCCUCUGUAGAGACAGAUUAGUCUCUGGUCACUUUCUAAUACAUUCAACUGAAGUGAUGGAUUGUCGAGAAGGAAUUUGUGUAACUGAGUUUGUGUUUUCAUAGCUGAAAGCUACACCUGACAAUCUGAAACGUAAGGCACAUAGUAUGCUACAUCGGCUGAAUGAAGCUGAUUUUACUGGAACAUUAAGCGUUUCCUUAUUUCAUUGUUUAUAACUCCGUAUGGGACAUAGCUGUCCAACCCCCAGGCAGGACCCCCCCCCCCCAGUGUCUGAAACAGUUGAUUCAUUCCCCCCUCACAUCAUGUCCAGUAAUACAGAGCAUAGAAUCCUGGUAAGAGGAGAAGCUGCUGAAAAGGCCUUAUGUACAGCGGCCUGAGGAGUGCUUUAGGAAGGGCUGUCAUGGCUGCCCCCUACAGGCCAAUGAGUGGCAUUUUUUUCCCAGCACUCUGAAACUAGCAAGCAAAGUCUACAGACAACUCAGACUCUAAAUAUGGUCUGGUUUCAUGAAGUUUUGAGUGCAUAUGGGAUUUGGAACAGGAUCGUAUUUCUGCUGAUGUACAACCACAACAAAUCCUCUCGUGUAUUAUAUUUUCCAAAAGGACCUAAUUGCAACCAUAGUACCUAUGAGUGAACUACUUACGUGUGUAUUGAAUUUGUGAUUCAAUUGUUUUAUAUUAAGAACAGAUAUAUAAUAAAAAUAUAUAUUAAACAUAAUAUUUAAUUUGGAUUCAUAAAAAUGUAGGGAAAUAUGGUAUUAUCCAAGCGGCAGAAUAUGAAACUAUAAUAGUAACACAACAUAUAUUACUCAUGUAUUACAUUAAAUGUAUUUUUUUAAACAUCACAGCCCAGCUGAAAGCUGAGAACGCCCUUAAAAUGGGCCAGUGAGCUGGUUCUGAUGGCAAAUGCAGCCUGCAGUGACAUGCAGGAAAGCACGUUAACCGACACUUUAAUAGGUGGUACAUCUAUUUCCGGUGCCUGUGUGUGUCUGGAGGUCACUGUAACCAAUGUGCGUGCAGUGCACUGUAUGACACUUUGCUUAUUCCUACGGGGUUUAUUUUGGGAGCGGGCUUCCACAGGACAGGGAGAUACCAGCUAAUCUCCCGUCUGUCACGACUGUUAUGUGUGCGCAGGUGUGGCAAGUUUGGGGGGGAAAAACCUGCCACAGACCAUGUCCGCAUACUUAGGGAAGUCCACGUCAUACAAAAAUUAAAAGGUUUACAAUCCUUAACAAAGACGGCAUUGCCUGUUUGCUGUAGUUCAAAGUUGUAAUACGAUGCAAUAAAAAAGAGCGGAGAUGCGCUCUGCUUGUUCUGGUCUGCAGCUCCAUUCUCGUCCUUCUGCUUUUAAAUGCAUAGAGUGCAGUAACGUGUGCAACUGAAGCGCUGACUACUCACAAAUCGGUGUUGGAAUAGGAGACUUAAGUAAAAGAAUAAUGCUUAAGUACUCACCGUUUUAAUAUGUUGAAUUCCUUGGUGCUAGGAAGAGUAAUUCCUAAAGAAUGCCCUUCACGUUGAAAUUCUGAGAACAUUGUCACAAUCCAAACUAUGCUGCUGAUGUAGGCUGUGUGACUAGCUGCUGUAAAAUGUAACCUGUAAGUCACAAUAGAAAUAUCAACUUAAAUGUAUGUUACUCAAGUUGUCACGUCUUAGAGUAGAAGUAUGGUACUUCUGCACUCUGUUACCCGAUUUGUGGCCCCCGUCCCCCCGACACGCCCCUUCAUCCAUGUACGCUGGAUUCGUAUUACAGCUCAAUACUGUCAUUUUAGAGUUAAGUGAUUGAUUGUUAAAAUGUCAGACUGAAUGCGUUUGCUGAAAGACUGUACAACUUAAAAUGCAAUUAAAGAAAAACAAAUGCUGAGAGAGAAUGUGUAUAUUAAUAAUUGCAGAUAUUAAAAAAAAAAUCAAUUACUUCUGCGAUUCUGCUUUUGAGCAGAUAUUACUGGCAGUUUUGUACAUGUUACUUCAAACACCCUUAAUAUCUGACCUGCCAUACUGCUGUAUGUAGCCGUAGCAUCACAGGUUAUUUGUAAACCAAUAGAAUCGAUUUGGCCUAAAUGUGAUCCAACUUAAUCCAGCAUGCAGGGAAGCGAGGAGGGACCGGUGCCGUUGCCGGCGGAGGCCUGUGCUGUACAUGUCAUUAACGGAUACAAAUGGCGUCCUUCAAUGCUGUACAAAGAGGUUGUGAGGAUGGGGGGUAAUGGAAAUGUGUGAUGUAUUUGCUGAAGGAGGAAAUCCGUACAUGCAUUUCAGGGGCUGGUAAAGACGACGACAAACCCAAAUACAGCUCAUUUAUACUUUUUAAUUACCUACAAAAAUAUCUGAACAGAUGUGUGUCUAAUGCUUAUCCAUGCGACUGCAAAUAAAGGCAGUAAUGUCUACUGA